UCCCCACGCUCCGGGUUGCCUGUGGGUGUGGGCGAGGCGGAAGAAGUCAAACAGGUCGAACCAAACUCCUCCAUGGCUCAGGAGAAGCGGACGUCAGGCGACAGGACGUAAGCAAGAGAGUGGUACCUUUGCAUUAUUCUAGCCGGGGGAUCAAACCACAGAGGGCAGGUUUGGAGGACCGACAAGACCCGACAUGACCCCGGCAUUCCUUCGGGGUGAAGGAAGGACUUGGAGGAGCAGGAGAACAUGACACUCCGUUGGCGAGGUUAACGUGGUUUUUAUACAAGAAAAGGAUUGACAUCGUAAUUGGGGGAGGGGGGCCCGGCCAGGCGGCCAUGCUGGGACCACUUUGGCCAACAGGACUGCUGCUCGCCUUCUUCACUCUCUGCUCCACUUUGGACGCCGAGUGUGUGCUGGGCAUGGUCGGCCAGCCUCUCUCCCUGCCUUGCUUCUACCCCGACGCUGUGACCUCUGACAAUGUCUCCGUGGAGUGGUGGAGGAACGAGGAUGUGGUGCUCAGGUCCACGUGGACAGGAGACGACGACGAGGAGGAGGAUGACAUGCAUGCUAACCGUGUCACCAUGUCGGCGGAUGCUCGCGCGACCGGAAACUUCACCCUGGAGCUGCCCGUGGUGGCCCCCCAGGAGGACAACACGUCGUACAGGCUGUUCUUCACCUCUCGGGGGGGUCCCAGCGUGCAGGCGUGCAGGCUGUGUCUCAGGGUGGCAGCUCCUUUCAGCCCGCCCGUGUUGCACUGGGAGGCUCCUGAGGAGGACGACGAAGAAAGUGUCUUCCUGUGCCACUCCGCCGGCGGCUUCCCCGAGCCCGUCGUGCACUGGCUGGUGGACGGCGGCGCCCCGGAGGCCGGCGGCGGCUCCGUAAAGACCCUGGUGGGACUACUGCCUGACUCUCACCUCUACAACGUCACCAGCUACUUGACCAUCAACAUCUCAAACACCAACGUGUCGUGCGUCAUCGAGAACCCGCCCAUGAACGAAAACUUGACCUCCUCCACCCACGCCGUGUGGAGCGGCCCGGUGGUGAGUCGAGCGACGAAGGCCAUGUGGAUGUUUAGCACCGCCCUCUGCAUGGUGGUGGGCGUCAUGGUGGCCGUGGGCGUGGGCUACCAGAUCUACCUGGACCGGCUGAGUAAGAAGAAGAAAAUAGAACACAUCAGGAGGAGCAGAGAACACAACAGGAGACGUCGGGAGACGGAGGAAACGGAGGUGAUGAGCAUGCAGUCGUGGGAGACAAACGUUUAGACCCAUACAAAUACAGCUGCAUGUUUGGAUUUGGACACCCCUGGUCUCCAGCCCCCGGUCCCCAACCCCCAGGUUAGGACCUCAUCUAAGGCGGCUUUAUUUAUGUGUUUCAACCUAUUGAUUUUUGUUCAAGAUGGUUAGGAUGCUUCCAUAAGUAUUUUAGAACAUUGUUUGUGAUAUCAGCUACAUUUCUAGAAGUACUUAUCUAGUAUAAAAGAAAUACACACACAUACUGUAUGUAGAAUGGGAAAUAUUCAACCAGGGGUUGAAAUAUUAAAGGAAAAAAGUUGAUUUCUUCCAAGAAAAUUUGGAAUUAGACAAGAAUAAACGCAUGAUAUUAGCAGGUGUCAGCACAGAACAAAAGAGAAAAAAAGAACAAAAUAAGAAUAAAAUCCUUCUUUUAUAAAAGCCAGAAUAUGAUGAGAAACAACAAAAAAAAAUAAGGUUGUUUUUGGAAAAAUUAGGUUUGGGGGAAAAGAUGAAAGUAUUAUGAGAAUAAUUAUGGAUAUAAGUCCUAAUUACAAGACUAUACGUAAGAAAGAAGCUGAAAUAAAUAAAAAAAAAAGAAGAAGAAUAAGAACAGAAGAAUUAAAAUAUUAACAGAAAAAACAUUCCAAAGAGAAAAACAUAUUUUAAAUGGCUCAUUUUCCCACCCUUUGUAUUGAGUUGUGGACUCCUGUAGAGCAGCUACACACAAUAACCCGCAUAGAAAACUUUAAAAAUCUUCCAGAAUCUGCACCUAUUCCAGCUGUAUUUCCUUGGAUUUGUGCUUCAACACCAAAAUGGUUUGUUUUAAUUUAUUCCACCCACAGCCUGCCUUCAGAUACGCCCACUCUGCUGUGAUUGCUCACACUCCCCAACUAUGAACAAAGCCCACUUUCUAAUAUAGUGGGUAUAGGAGUUGAUAAUAAAUGAAUGGAGAGCUAAAUGAAAAGCUACUGGUAGCUCAUGAUCUACUACCCGACUUACCAUGGCAAGUCGGCACCGCUGGUGCAGUGGAGCUCAGGAGAAGUCGGACCUGUGGCCAUUGCCUCCAACCUCGCCCGCCUGAGAAGGAGCACUCAUUGUCGAACACACUUUGUCAGAGUGAUGCCCAGAAGCCGGACUUGAGGGCGCCGUGUUUACUAACUGCAACGGAAGUGGAAUUGUGGUCAUUAUGUGUUCCAGGCAGUGAGCACCGUGGUUUAUUCCACCUCCGUGGACUCACAGCGUGUCCGACAUUUCACGUCCAUGUUCAUAAAAACAGUCCCAUGUGAAAUGCUGACAGAUGGAAAUAUUUUUUCUCUUGCUGGGAAUCACCAAAUACAGUAACGUCUGCCGGAGCUUGCCUCUCAGCAGAGCAUGGGGGAGGGCAGAGAGUGUAUUUGGCCUACAGCCACACCCAUAUAAGGACGGUGGCUCCUCUGUGACAUCACAAAGGAACAGUUUUACCACGCCUUCUGAAACCAAGCGUUUUGAGCCAAACUUCUUUCAGGGCUCACUUCCAAAUGUGCAAACCUCGUUAUCUGAAACUUUGGCAUAACUUUAGAAAAUAUCAACAUGAUAAAGUGGCAUCCUUGAUGUGAUCCUUUUCAAAAGGUUUUCUAAAUAAAAGAUGUCCACAUGGCAAAAGUGGCAAACGUUUAUUCCACUUUGCUUCUUUCUACUAAUGAAUCCACGAUUGAUAUUUACACCAUGACAUCAUGGAUGAUGUGAUGACUUCAUUCUUGGCAGUAAGCAUCAGAAAUCACACGCAUGCUUCCAGUUCAAGGAGGCGGGCCCUUUCAUCUCCGUGCAUCCUGAGCACUCGUCACGGCAUAGAGAUCGUGGCGGCGUUGGGCCGUGAUGGGGAUCUGCUGUCGCACAUCAGCCAGGAACUGCAGAUCUGAGAUCAGCAUAUCAGAUGCUACUUUUUUUUUCAAAAUCUAUACAUUUUUUGGAGCAUCAACGUGGAAUCUCACCGAUAUCGGCGUAGAUGAUGGCCUCCUCUGCACCGGCCUUGGAGAUAACUUCUCCCCUGAAAGCAGACAUUUGCAUGGUUGGACAUGUGGCCAAACACGAGCUGCGACACCUAGAGGUCAUAAGAGGAAGAGCACGCUGGCUUCUCCACCUGAAAGAAAACGCUCCUUCCUCUGACCAACUGAUGUUUGUGUCCUCUUGUCCCGCUCAUUCAUUCGAUCAUUUUCUACCGCUUUUUCCUCACGAGGGUCUUCGGGCGAGAGGCGGGAUACACCCUGGACUGGUGGCCAGCCAAUCACAGGGCACAUAUAGACAAACAACCAUUCACACUCACAUUCAUACCUAUGGACAAUUUGGAGUGGCCAAUUAACCUAGCAUGUUUUUGGAAUGUGGGAGGAAACCGGAGUACCCGGAGAGAACCCACGCAUGCACGGGGAGAACAUGCAAGCUCCACACAAAGAUGGCCGAGGGUGGAAUUGAACCCUGGUCUCCUAGCUGUGAGGUCUGCGCCCUAACCACUCGACCGCCCUUGUCCCGCUCUUUAAGCUUAUGUGACAAAUAGCAUCCAUUAUGUUGGAUUAUUAUUAUUAUUAUUAUUAUGAAGAUGUGCUGCAUCUCACCAGGGGUUCACCACGCUGCUGUGACCCCAGGCCACGUAGGAGGCACCCUCGUCUCUGGCGGGUGAUGCCGUGGCCACGUACACCUGGUUGUCCAGCGCCCUGCGAAGGAAGCGACAGCCGUCUGUUGGAGUUCUUAAAAUAAACAAAAACACACAUCCACAGCCUCACCUGCCCCUCUGCAGGAGCUCCCAGUGGGCGGGGCCUGUGGUCAUGUUGAAGGCUCCUGGAUAGACCAGCAGCUGACACCCUGAGCACCAAAGACGUGUUCUCAAACAUAUCCAGCAGAUGGCACUCUGUUCCUUCCUUUCCUUACGGUUAAACGCCACAUUGUAUUGCACCCAGUAGCACACAGUGAAAAAGAAAGGAUGCAAGGGACAGUUUCAUAUUCUGUAAAGCAUGCUAACACCUGCUAACAUGCUAACUGCAUCUCAGCUUUGUCAUAUAGGUGAGAAGCAUAUUAUUGCUAUCAAAUUCACUCUAUUCUAUUUCUCCUCCAUUUUUGUUUUUUCUUUAAUUUUGCUAAUAUUUGCUUUUUGUCUUUGUCUUCAUACAUUUUAUUUAAUAUUUCACUCUUUGCUUUUUUUCCCCCACAUUUUUUUAAAAUUUUCAAAAUAUUCAAAUUUUCUUUUCAUAAAAUGAUGACUAUAAUGCCAGCCUAUUCCUUAUAUUAUGACUUUGACAAAAUAAUAUCUAUGCUACUAAAAUUACUUCAUUCUAAUAUAUAGAGUUUAUUCUCAGAACAUUUUUUGUCUUUUUUUCUCGUUAGAAUACAACUUUUUUUCUCAUAAUAAUUAUAAGAGAUGAAAAUGCACACAAAACAAUUAAGAACUUUUCUGGUAAGAACUUUUUCCGCAACUGUUUUUUUUUCUAAAGAAUGUCUUUUUGUUUAAUAUUUAAACUCUAAGGUUAUUUUCAUAAAAUUAAAACUUUUUUCCUACCAUUAUAACUUUUCAUUCAUUCAUUUUCUACCGCUUUUUCCUCACGAGGGUCACGGGGGGUGCUGGAGCCUAUCCCAGCUGUCUUCGGGCGAGAGGCGGGGUACACCCUGGGCUGGUCGCCAGCCAAUCACAGGGCACAUAUAGACAAACAACCAUUCACACUCACAUUCAUACCUAUGGACAAUUUGGAGUCGCCAAUUAACCUAGCAUGUUUUUGGAAUGUGGGAGGAAACCGGAGUACCCGGAGAAAACCCACGCAUGCACGGGGAGAACAUGCAAACUCCACACAGAGAUGCCCGAGGGUGGAAUUGAACCCUGGUCUCCUAGCUGUGGGGUCUGCGCGCUAACCACACGACCGCCGUGCCGCCCACCAUUAUAACUUUUUUCUCUUAAAUAUUUUGACUUAUAUAUUUUUUUCCUAUUCUUUAAAAAAAUAAAAGUUUCCCCACCAGCUUUUUCUUUGGCUUUUCCAAAACGUGACUAUGACCAAAGAAACACGCCACUGCCCCGGCUGCUCGGUCUAACAUGGUGCCAAGAAAAGUGACUAUCAAUAAAGACUUCUUUCAUCUUGUCAAUUAGUAUGUUUUUCAUGAUGAAGUCCGCCUAGCAACAAGGGAUCAACCCAAACAUGUCACGCGAGUCGGAAAUGAGAAUCCAGACAAUAAGUGAGAGGCGAGCCACUCACCCUUCCUGCUGUAGAGCUGUGCCAGCUCGGCAAAUCUCAUGUCGUAACAGAUCCCCACUCCCACCUUGCAGAAAGCUACAAAGGUAAGCCAACAUUGACUCCGUAAAACAACACAGCAGGACAGCAAACAUCGGAAAAAAGUGUUGGAAACGCUACUCACGUGUGUCAAACACAGACAAGGUGCUGCCGGGGCUUAGUGUCUCCGACUCCUGGAAGCAGAUCUUCUCCGGAAUGUCGAUGUCAAAGAGAUGGAUCUUGAAGGGGCGACAAAAAUGUUUGGUUCACAAUAUGUUGUGUAUGUUCACAUAUGUUUGGUGUACCUUCCUGUGUUUGACGAGGAGCUCUCCAUCAGGCCCAAACACAAGACAGCUGUUGUACAACUUGCCAGCAUCUUCCUCAGGGAUGGAGCCUGGACCACAACAGUAGCAGACAGCUUUAGUUGACCGCUUUCUCACAUACCCUGUUAGAACUUUUUAAAUCAUGAUAUACAGUACCAGUAGUAUGUGUUAAUAGUACAGUUUUGUCAUCUUUCCGUUGCCGUAUGUUCACUACAACAGGCUUUUAUUGCAGGUUUAAGUUAUUUCAGCAUCUCACCUCCUACCAGAUAUAUGUUGUUGUCCUUGGCAGCCUGGGACAGGACCUGAGCGGACUCCCCUGGGAUCCUCUCAGCGUAAGAAGCAAAGAAUCCAGUUCCAUACGGCGAAUUGAAGCAUUCCUGCGAAGCAUGAUUUGGCUCCUUCAGGCUCAUGUUGUCAAUCUUUUUACCUUGAUUGUUCCUCACCGGCAAAAGCACCACUUUGCUGCCUUGUCCCGCCGCCUCGUUGAUGAGCCUCCUGGCCCGGCUCAGGUUGUCCG